AACAAUGUCGUCACAGCUAGUUAGCUGGGGAAAACCAAUGUCUAUUUUUAGAUAUUUUUAUAUUUUCGGUCAUGAGUUUCUCGUAUACGGUGGGUGGGAAGUCCCGAACUCACACACAACUAGGAAAUCGGGGACAAGAUCAAGAGAAAGAAGAGUCAAAUCGAGCUAAAAAUUCAACAUUAUCGCCAACAAAAUCACCAGGAACUGCUCGACCAGGAGGUAAGCGCAACUUGACGGGAGUACAGCCCGGUAGUAAUCGUAGGGUUGGAGCAAAAUCUAGACCACAGCGAGCAGCAGGUACAUCAAUCGGCGCUCAACAAACUUCCACCAUUGUCACGCUUUCAGAUUUAAAGAAUCAACAAAGUAAACAUCAGAGUAGUGUGAAUUUAAAACCAGCCAAUAGCAAAAACAAUGCAGCAAUAAAUCUACCUCAGCAUUCACAUGAUUCAGGUCCUGGAAGAAAAUUAGGAGGGCAUAUUAUUUCUGACUCGAAACUGUCUGCUGUUAGAAUAGGAGUUGGUGUCAGAAACCAACCAAUCUCUCCAAAUAGACCUGUCAAAUCUGGAAAUUCAGAGCAUCUUCAUAGCAGAACUAGUGCCUCAAACUCAAAUUCAAAUCACACACCUGCUGCACCAACUGCAGAUCUCUCAACUAGAGGAAGCCAGACGAAGAAGAAAACACCCAAUGUGAACAGAACUUCAAAUAAAUUGAUAGACCAGACAUUAAAUAGCAAUAAAACUUCUUCAACUUCAAGUCAACGAUCGCCAGGUAGGGGAAGAGGUUCAAGAGGCAGAGGUUCACCAAGAGGCGGCAUGGCAUACAACACAACAACAACAGAUACAGCAGUAGCUUAUACUCUGCCAACCCUCGUCAAGUUGGACAAAGACCUCCAGAUGAAGAGGGAGAAGAUACUCGUCAACGACAGGGAGAACCUGGACCAUCGCAGGGAAGCCCACAACAGCCGCAGCAGCAGCCACAGGGGGAAAGCCCUGGAGCUUUUAGAGUGAUUCAACCAAAUGCUUCUAAGAGGCAACAGCUGGUAACUAAAUCUUCACAAGAGAUGAAGGCUCUUGAAGAUUAUAGAGCUUCCAAGAAACCAACUACUAUACGCGGAGAAGCUCGUUGUGCAGGUGGAAGUAAGUCUGAAGAGGAGGCUAGGCUGGAUCUAGACAAGCAGCAUCGAAACAAGAAAUAUGAACAGAUCCUGAAGAAAGAACAACGGAAUAGAGAAAAGAGGGAAAGAGAAGAUAAGGAGUUUCAAGAAAAGAAAGCUAAAGCUAGACAAACGGCUGAAGAAAACGCAAGAAGAAGAAAUGCGAGAGAAGUUAACUUCUUAAGAGAUGAACAUGCCACAACUAAUGAGAAAUUCCUAAGAAGGCUUGAUGCAGGGAGGACACCUCCACAGAGUGAAACAUCCGUCUCACAAAGUUCAAAACUCCAGCAGCUGCGGGAGAUGUUCCCUGAUAAGAAACCUUCCAAGCUGCAAAAACUUCUUGACGACAACAAUAACGAUGUGGCGGAGGUUGCCGAUCUACUCAUGGAUUGAAGAUGACCUAAGAUGAUGAACGCCCGUAUUGUGCCUCUUCCAGAAGAUUGAAAGUGAGAAACGUUCCUGAUAUAUAAAGAAAAUGGCUACAGCCAAUGACACUGGCAAUGUCAGUCUCUUGGUCCUUCUGAAAAGUUAUCUGAGCCCCAGGAAACCAUUAUGUCAGUUUCCUAGUCCUUCUGACAAUUUUUCAGAGGGUUCAUAAGACAAAGGCCACCCAAGGG